AUGCUCCUAUUGGUCUCUCAGAUUCUAUUCUCUUUUCUCGUCAUUCUAUUACUAUUCUAUGACGUAGUGUUUCUCAUUGUAACUGUCAAGAAGCGUCUGAAAGAUAUUCCAGUAAUCUAUAUCGUUUGUAUGACGAUUUGUGGAAUUGUAAAUAAAAUCUCUCAAAUUAUACUAGUGGAUGGAUAUCUGAUAUCAAAGACAAUCGGUGGAGAUGAGGGAUAUGAAGAAUACCGUCAAUUCCUGGGAAAACCAAUAUCUCUAAUUGAGACAUGGGGGUAUCUUACACCUUUUUAUUUCAACUGGCUAAUGACUAUCCAUCGUGUUGUGGUAGUCAUCGUCCCAAGGAAACUCUGGAUGUUCUCAGAUUCCCAUUUGAAAUGUUACUGUAUUUUUAUUAUGAUAAUAUCUCUUAUUGAUCUCCUCAUCCCUUAUUUCUCCAAUUGCUAUAUCAAUUUCCAAGCACAUCCUGCUACAUGGGCCUCUGCUUGUGCUCCUGAUAGACAUCCCUUAACCUGGUUUCAAAACAAGUAUAUCAUAUACUUCCCGGUCACCGCUAUGUUGGUUAAUCUCCUUCUCAUAAUGUAUAUGAAAAUGACACGUGGAAUAACAAAUGAUAGAGCUAUGAUCCGUCAAGUAGCCGCCACGGCAAUCUACCUAUCAAUCUAUGAAAUCGGUAGCUUAUAUAUCCGUCUGUUGCCGGAACACUUUGACGUGAUGUCAUCUGAAUUCAAGGAUAUUUUUUACUUCAUUCGGAUUCUGACAAUUUGCUCCUUGAACUUUUUCGUCUAUUUUGCGAUAACCCGUGUCACAAGACAACUCGUUCUCGAGUUUCUCGGGUUUUCCAAAAAGAGGAGAGCAGUGGCGACGAUUACGAUCUGCUCUUUUCCAGAAUAUCGUCGAUUCUUCGGUAAGCAGCUCUCUCUUAUUGUCACCUGGGGCUAUCUGACACCUAUAUAUUUCAACUGGCUAAUGACUAUUCAUCGUGUCGGAGUAGUAAUUGCGCCAAUGAAAGUUUGGAUCUUUUCAGAGCCGAAACUGAUGGGCUACUGUAUCGGGAUUAUGAUCCUUUCUUACAUUGACAUGCUCAUCCCUUACUUCUCUUCUUGCUCUAUCAAUUUUCAUGCUCAUCCUGCUACGUGGAUUUCCGCAUGUGCUCCUGAUAGACAUCCCUUAACCUGGUUUCAAAACAAGUAUAUCAUAUACUUCCCAGUCACCGCUAUGUUGGCUAAUAUUCUUCUCAUAAUGUAUAUGAAAAUGACACGUGGAAUAACAAAUGAUGGAGCUAUGAUCCGUCAAGUUGCCGCCACGGCUAUCUACCUAUCUAUCUAUGAGAUAGGCAGCUUAUAUAUCCGUCUAUUGCCGGAAUACUUUGAAGUGAUGUCAUCUGAAUUCAAAGACAUUUUCUAUUUCGUUCGGAUUCUGACAAUUUGCUCCUUGAACUUCUUUGUCUAUUUUGUUAUAACCCGUGUCACAAGACAACUCGUUCUAGAGUUUCUCGGGUUUUCCAAAAAGAAGCAAACCGUUACGACAAUUACAGUAACCCUGACUCAGAAGCGAAUAUUCUUGUAUAGCUUUGGAAUUCUGGUAAGACAAAAUCUGAAUCUCAAUCCUAUGCCAGUUCAGAUUCUCUGUCUUGUUCUGCUUUUAAUACCCUACUUUUCUACAUGCUCCGUGAACUUUAUGGCAAGUAAGCUGGAAUUCCAAACAGACUGCUCCCCAGAUAGACAUCCGAUGACCCGAAUCACCAACACCCAUCUCAUCUGGAUCCCAACCACCUUGCUCCUAAUAAAUCUCACUCUAGUCCUCCACCUCAAGGCAGUCCGCCACUCGGUAUACUCUAAGAUGCUCCAAAAGACUUCUACUGUGUCAAUGACAAGUUCCACCCAACUGGCACAAUGCCAGAAGCGAAGAGAACAAAUGUUGAUGCGUCAGGCGUUGGCAAUUACCGUAUACCUAUCCUUCUAUGAAGUCGGCACCUUCCUAAUGCGCACUUUCCCGGAUACCUACUCAAGCCUCCCACAGUCCGUUCGUGACGCCUACUUCUAUUUUCGUCUGGAAACAAUUUGCGCCAUGAAUUUCUUCGUAUAUUUCAUGGAGAGCUCAUCAAUGAGAAAGAUGUUGAAGUCAUUUCUGGGGUGUGCGGAAAAGAAAUCAAGUAUUAUUGGGAGAAGUCAUUCAGAAGCUCCUAAGUUUGCUGCCGACGGAUUCCUUGUAUUCGGUGGAGUCGCCGUCGUUUGUGGUUUCAACGGGGAAGAGAAUCCACCAAGCAAAUCAGAAUUCGACCAUGACGAUGUGGCUGGACUCGCCGUACUACUCAAAUUGCUUCCAGAACUCGUCGGUUUAAUCGGUGCGCCGAAAUCAAAGUCCACUAGAUUUGCAUUACUGGAACUUUGUGUAGAUGGAGCGGCGGCGGGAGGUGGUGCCUCAGCAGUCACAGAUCCUAAUCCCAACAAAUCAUCGAUAGCAGGAGCGGGCGAUGGAUUCUUCUGA